AUGACGUCCCUCAACGAGGCGCUGUCACGAUUUACGAAUGAGGGUUCUGAGGGCACCGAUGAGGGAUCGCCAAAAAGGGAUGAAAAUGGCUCCCCGGUAACGGAUGAUACCCAAAUCGGCGACAUCGGUGCCAUGGCCAUCCAACAACUUGCUGCCUCCCAAGCUGCAAAUAGCAGCGUACCCGAGGAAGUGGAGCGGGAAAUGUCUCAAUUAGAGCGAGAUAUCAAGCGUCAAAAGGAGUCAUCGGCGAACGCGAAAACGGCAAUCACUUUUGAUCAGCUAAAGAAGAUCCAUCAAAUCGGCAAAGUACUUGGACCCCAAAAGGAAGCCUUCUACGACCGUAUCUGCCGGGCAGCCGAUAUUCAACGAGCCUCCCUGAAGAAUCGAUUGAAGCAAAACAAAGAGAAAUUCGAACCGGGCGCCAUGCAGAAUAACUCUUCACGCUACAAUAAUAUACAAAACCAAAACCCUCCACCGCCGUUAACGGUCGAUUCCCCAAUCCCACCUGAAGUAAAUUUCGGGUUGAACGGAAGCUUCCCAGGCGCUGCGGCAUUUCCAUUUAUGUUUGGAGCUCCGCCAGAACUGUCGCUGGAAUGUAAAAAUUACAUGAGGAUGCCUCUUGGUAUGGAUCAUCGCUCGAUGUCCCCAGGCUCGCCACAUGAUGAAGAUACCGUUCGAAUUCCCGUUGAACGGGUCAAUGAAUUAUUCCAGCUCGGUUUCACAUAUGAUGAUGUUAAGGAGUUCAAUGGCCUCUUCGAACAAUUCAAAUCCUUAUCAAAGGAACUCUGCCCGCCUGCCCAGCUCUUGAGCGCAUUUUCGAAUUUUAUUUCGCAAAGUGUCCCGGAGCCACUAAAGUUAAUCUGCACCACUUUCAACCUAUUGGAGAUGGGCUACACGAGACGGGAAAUGCAAAAGAUCGUCAACAAGGAACGGCGGCAUCGGCUGGAAGAGGAAAAUUUGGAUCAUAAAGGCCCAGCCAUCAAACGUCAAUGUUAUGAAGAAGCAAGUGAAGCU